AUGAAAGCAAACAAGGUGUCCACUCUGCAGUUCUUAAGCUGGGUCCCCCCAAAGAAGGUGUCCACUCUGCAGUUCUUAAGCUGGGUGCCCCCUCAAAUCUAUCCCCACCCUCCACCCCCAACACAAAGCGAUUCGGGAUCCCAAGGCUUCUGCCCGUCAAGCCUGGGAGGUGAGGAGUGGUUAAAACUCAGCCCUCACCUCCAGCCGGUCCCGGCUCCGCGGCGCCCAAGCCCCGCCCCCGCCCGCCCUUCCCCCACGGCCUCGGCACGCCAGCCCCUCUCCCCUCUCCUAAUCGGGCGCACCCACCCCAGAUGCCGCCUGGCACGGAGCGCAGCCGCCGCCGCCGCCGCCGCAGCAGCACUUUCCACUUGUAUUGAUCACCUCCCGGCCCCGCUGAGCCUGCUCGCCGCAGCGGAGCGCGGCCAGCGCGCCAGCCCUUGGCAGCCCCGGAGCACUCGGGCUCCGGGAGGCAACUCCUUGCGAGCGCCCUGUCCGGGGUGCCCUCUGCGCUCUGCAGUGUCUUUCUCUCUGUCUGGGAGCAGAAGGAGGAGGAGGAGAGGGAGGAGGAGGAGGAGGAGGAGGAGGAGGAGGAGGAGGAGGACGUCUGGUCCGGGCUGGGAGGUGGAGCAGCGGCAGCAGCCACCGCCGGAAAGGGAGAGGCAGGAGAGACCGAGACUUGGAAACCCCAAAGUACCCGCGACCCUGCACGGCAGGCUCCCUUCCAGCUUCAUGGGCAAAGUGUGGAAACAGCAGAUGUACCCUCAGUACGCCACCUACUACUACCCCCAGUAUCUUCAAGCAAAGCUUCUGCAAAGGAGGGACAAUGGGCAGAUUUCGAUGCAGAGAAAGAAGUGACUUAGUAUUUAGUUUCGAGAUCUACUACCUUAUAUGUUUACCACAGAUCGAUUUCCAGUGGUGCUUUCUCAAAAACGGCCUUGGAACACGCUUAGGUAACACAGCGGAUGACAUGUAGUCAUACAAAUUGCGACUGGCUUUCCAGGGACCCUGGGUACGUUGUUAGUGGGCCUAUCCUAUUUUGACAAUAAGAAUUUGAUGCGUCCUGAACUCAGGAAAAAAAAUAUUGGGUCCAUGAAGAGUGAGGGUUUCACUGCUUUGGAAGCUUUUCCCCACAGUUUGGGAAGGCAAAAGUUGAAUGCACCAGACUUCUUCAGCAAUUAGCAUCUCUUAUCUUGACUCCUGGUGCCCUUCUAGAUCACAAAAGAUGCAGCCUCUGAACUUCUUUGGGAGGUUGUAAUCAUGCCCUGCUUGCUGGCAGAGGGCAUUUCUGGCCUGGUGCAGAGAAUCGCUGAUUCAACCUUGAUAAGCUUUUCUUUCUUACAAGUGUGUGUGGUCCAUGUUAUGUACCUACAUCAUAGUUUUGUAUGUGUCCAUGUAAAAAGGACGCUUGUUAGCAUAGAGACCUGAAAUUUCUUAGCCCUCAAGGGCCUCAUUUUCACCCCCCUCCCCAUUUUCAUUUUACUUUGGGUCGCCACAAAGUGGCAAGAUGGUAGCAGCAAGAGUACCCAUCAUUCAUUCUUGUGUGGUCGCUGCUGUAUUUGUUUUCAGGGAGUGGAGGGAGGUAGCCGUGUUUUGGUGAGCUACACUGUAAAUAUAAGUUGUUCAAAGAAAUUAUGAAGUGUAAUCAAUGCUCUACCUUUUAGAUAUCAUAUAUGUUUAAUGCACUUGUUUAAAUUAUGCAGCAUUAGGUAUCUAAAGGACAGCCUAUUCAACACUUAACUAUAUGAAUAAUAAAUAACAUACACUCAGGUGAAAAAGAAAAAAAGGCCAUGUUUCUACAGGCAUAUUCACCUUAGUAAUUUUUAUGUACCAUUAGUAAGUUAGAAACCAAGUACAUAGCAUUUAAUAUAGCUAAUGCAAUGCCAUUUGGCUCUUUUUGCCCCGUAAAUAAUUGAAGAGAGAGACAAACGGCAAGAGCCUGCUCAAGUAAUUAGGGUCGGAUCCCAGAAAGCUUUAGGGCCCAUUUUCUGAAAGUGUGCUUCCUGCAUAAAGCAUUUAAUAUUGAUUUGUGUUACGGUAAAUGACAUUCUCAAAACAUAUCUUGCUGUUUCUACUGUGAAAUCUGAAAUCCUAUUAUUCUGAAUCUCUUUGUUUCCGGAGAAAGACACACAUACUCACUUGACCUAUAUAACUUGGUAUUAAAGUUUGAUAAUUAAAUCUAAAUUCCCUGUUGUAAAGUAUCUUGAUUAUCUCAGGAAGAGGCAUCUCCUAAAAUGUAAAGCGACUAGAUGCAGAUUUUAGGUAGCAUAGUUCAGAACACAUAGGCCUUUUUGUCUCCCGUAUCUCAUCUAUCUCUUGGUCACAUGGUAUUGUGAGUCAUUAAAAAAAAUAGAGACCUGAUUUGAUUUGUAGUUAGUUUAAAAACAAGUGUUACCUAAUCUACCUAAAGAGUUAAUAAACUGACGUAGAAUCUGUUGUCUACAGUGAUGAUCCUUGCCUCUGUGUGUGUGUGUUUUAACCUUCCUGAAAUAUGGGGUAGAAAACAUCACUGUUUAAAGUACAGUGAUGUGUUUGCUAGACAGAGUUGUUUUGAAACUUCUGUGUGGAAGCUAUAUCAAAAACUGAGGGAUGGCACGAUCAUUUACCAAGUGAUAUUUGACUUAAACUUGUGAUCAAGAGAUGGAUGUGUUUUGAAUUGGAAAAGAAUAAGCGGAUGGGAUUUCUUUUCAUUAGAAGGAAUAGAUACCAAUGAAAAUGGCACUUGAAAAUGGGUUUUGUUGCCGUACCGUAAAAAGUUAACAUAUGUCAAAUCAUUCUUCAUAUGUUAAUCAUCCAGUCUGUUUCAAACAAAUUUAGUAAUUUUUCUCUAUAAAAAUAUAUUAAUGGGGCUUCCCUGGUGGCGCAGUGGUUGAGGGCCCGCCUGCCGAUGCAGGGGACACGGGUUCGUGCCCCGGUCCGGGAAGAUCCCACAUGCCGUGGAGCCUGUGCUCCGCAAUGGGAGAGGCCACAACAGUGAGAGGCCCGCAUAACGAAAAAAAGAUAAAAUAAAAAAAAUAAAAAUAAAAAUAAAAAUAUGUUAGUUACUUCUGCAUUCUACUAACAAUCAACAACCAAAAAAGCCUGUGGAGCUGGAUUACAGUGUGUGACCAUAUUGGUAUGCUUUGUGCUUUGACAGAAAAAGAUAUUUAUUAGAAAAAGUAAUACAGCUGCAUUAAACAUAAAGUUGAGGAUGUUAUAGAAAGGCAGGACAUGGGUGGAAAUGAAGGAGAUUGCGAAAUUUUCAUAAUGCCUUAGCAUAGAGUAACAGAGAUUGCAAGUAACCUGAUUUUACACGCUUGUUGAGUUUUUUGUAUUUCUCCGUUAAGGAUGGUCUUAUCACAGCAGGGUUCUCUUUAUCACCUGACACAUUCAUUCUAAGAUACAGGUUGAUGUAGCUUCAUAAAUAAAAGCACGUAUUGUUCUAAAGGAUUUUCUAAAUUAUUAAGUGACUUACGCCAUAUUACUAAAAAUUAAAUUUGGUAUCUACUUUUCAGAUACACAGGAAAAAUUCUGGUAAUGUAACAUAUUUUAAUUAACAUUUUUGUGUGUAGACAUUUUCACUUAUUGCAAGGCAACCCUUGAAUUCUGUUUGUUUCAAAGAUACCAUGAUGUACAGUUACUGCCAAUAUGUGUAUGCAAAUAUUUAUGGAAAUUGAAAUACUUAUUCUAGUUCUUCUGAAGAAAGGGAAGUACAAAAUGUUCUUUACAUGGUUAGCUAAUAUUUCAUACCAGCUACAAGCAGUUUGACACAUUUGUGUCCUUAUUCAUAGUUAUAUUGUUUUGUGUCCUAAAGAAAUGUUCUACACUACAGAAA